AUGGCUUAUGAAUCGAAGAUUGCUGUAAUCUACUGCAACGGUCUCAAGUGUAUUUGGCUGAUAUUUCCUGCUCAUGGAAGGAACUGCAAUCGCAUACGCUUCAAAGUGAAAACUACAAAUAUGCAAAGUAAAAUAUCCGCCAUAAUUUUGUUCUGGUUGUUGCAAUCGUCUGGGCAGGAAACAUUGAAAGCAGUGUCAACAGUGGAAACACCCUGCAGUUCAGACUGCGAAUGUUCUUUAAUAGAAAUGACUUGUACAGGCAACAACUUAACUUUUCCUUUACUCGUACCACCAAACAUUACAUCGGUAGUUAUCGCUAAUUUGUCACGACCGUAUCUGCCAUGUGAAGGAUUUAAUACUUCGAACCGUCUCAACAUAACCUUUUUGAACCUGAAGACGACUUCAAUGACAGAUUGCUUUUUCGGAAACGUAAUAGUUGAGAGACUUUACUUCGAAAAAAGUCGAAUUAAAAGGUUUAAGUGUGCGUCAUUCUCGACAUCUGAACUGGAAUCGUUCCACUUCCACCAAGGACAUAUUUGGUUUAUUGAGAGAUUUGCUUUCUUCUCUACGUCAAUCCGUUAUUUUACAAUCAGCCAAUCGAACAUCAAACUCCUGGAAAGCCAAGCUUUCCACCAAGCAAACAUAGAGGUAUUUCAGCUGAUUCAUUGCAAUGUGUCCACCUUGGAACCGGGUUUGUUUUCGGGCGAUGAUUACCUCAGUAAGAAUGUGGUCUUCCAAGGAAAUACAAUCGCCGAUUUGGGAUGUCAGGAGAAACCUGUAUUCUCCUUUAUCGAGAAUCGGCUGAUAUGUAACAAAAGAUUGUCUUGGCUUUCUGCGCACAAUAUUUCAAACAACAGGUGCUACCUUCUGUCUGAAUCACGUGAAAUACCUGUCAAUAGGAGAUAUCUGAAGAGCAUCUGCCGUCCUCGCGGUAGUUGCCAUGUUUGUCCAGUGAAAAACGUAUUUUUGUCUAAAAGUGGCUGUCGUGCUGUACCCCGAAAUAUGAUUGAAAAAUUUGAACAGCUGUCUCUGUGGCGAGAAAUCUUACGGAAGAAUAACAUCACAGCAGAAAAUUUACAGUGUGUACAACAUCCAUCUAGCAAAUGUGCUGGUGAAAGAAAGUACCAAAAUCUUCAACAGUUUUUCAUGCAUUACAACGGUUUGAAGAAAAAAAUCACAUACUUCCGGGACAGAAGUAUUCGGAAGGCUUCAAAGUUUUUGAGAAGUGGAAAGAAUAGUAACGUGACGUCGAUUAACAAUAAAACUAUUGUUACUAAUCCCAAUGUUACUGAUUCGCUUUCUACGAGAAAGAGGAAACAGUUUAGCAAAAUUAUUCCUACUACGACAGGUAGGAGAAUAAAUAAUAUCCCUUUGGAACCACUGUUGAAGUUAUUGAGAAAACCCUUACCGAAAAAGAUCAAGGUUACUAAACAAAAGGAAGCCGUUGACGAUAUCAAAGCUGCUUAUAGAAGAGGAUUACCUCGACGAAAGAGUUCCCAUCCUCGGCCUCAGAAAGUAUUGAGAAAACCCUUACCGAAAAAGAUCAAGGUUACUAAACACAAGGAAGCUGUUGACGAUAUCAAAGCCGCUUAUAGAAAAGGAUUACCUCAACGAAAGAGUUCCCAUCCUCGGCCUCAGAAAGUAAACUUUCCAUGGAGAAAUAUUCAAAUUCGAGUGCAACAACAGCAUCGCAUGCAAUAUUUGCUUCAAGCUGAACAAACCUGGAAACAUGCUCAGCCAAAUAGAAUUGAUACACCAUCUCAAAAAUCUAAAAGAUUAAAACGUCAACAAGCGGACUGGAAACAGACAUCGAAUUGGUUGACGAAAUACGCCGCCACACAAGCCCCCAACAUUCAAAAUUAUGUUCAACUGAAAUUAAUAUCACAAAAUAAACGUUUGGAGAAUAGUUCCGCAAUUCCCCUUCCCGAGUCAUGUGAAGUUGCGUUUUUCUUGCCUUUUUCUUCAAAAAGAUUUGGAAUUUGCGAAGACUUUUCAGACGGAACAUCAAAUAUUAUUUAUCCGGAAACACUUCAAGAUUAUGAGUACAAGGUAUAUUUAGAAACCCUUAAAGAUAGACUAAGGACUAACAUAUCUUCCCCUUAUCCAAAAUUGAAACUGAUCAAACGAAGUGGAGUCAAUGCUGCUCAAAGCCAGCCAAAAUCCCAGCAAACGAACAGUCCUUCUGCCUUACAGCAUGGGAAAAAGAAUAUGAAAACACCAAAACAUUUGAAAAAGACAGCCAAACUAUUUUUAUUAAAUUUGGGGUCUAAAUUAAGCAGUAAGAACAACAGCAGUCUUUUUUCACUUUUGGCAUCAUUUCUGCACAAGAUGAAUAACCUGAAUAACACGAGUAAUGAAACUUUAAAGAAUAAUUUUGAUUUGAAAAAAUCAGUGUCAUGGAUAAAAAUGUCGUCUGCAAAUAAGCUUAAUUCCUCUCAGAAAAAUAAGAAACAGAACGAAGUUAAGAGACAAAAGUGGGGAGGCAUAUUAUCGAAGUUGAGCGGAUACUUUAAGCAGUCGCAAGGUAAUUUGACUUCAGCUAAUCGCCAAUGAUAUUUUAUUGGAGAACGAAACCCAUUCAGAAAUGAAAAUAAACAUUCGUGAUUUUUGGCUCAUCCUUUAUACACGGUAGAAGCAAACUAAACGUAAUAUAGAUGCAAGAAAGAUUUGAAAAACAAUAACUAGCGACGGCUUUUAGAAUACUUGUAUACUAAAAAUUUAUCUGUACAUUCGUCCGAUAAAACUUUUAAAGUUAACCAUACAAGAUCUAGUUGACACUUAGGUGACAAUAAUAGUUAUUUAGAUAAAUAUCCAAGUAGUGUGAGUAUAGAAAACACUUCAUUGGUCCCUUUUUCUGAGAACCUCCCACUUGAUACACUUAAAGCUAGGAGACAAAAUGAGUGGGUAAACUUGAAGGGCAGAAUCAGCAAGUCUAUUACAAGUUGUAAUGGAGUUAACAGCGAUUUGCAGCAGAAACAACUACAACAAUAGUUCCAUUUUAGUCAGAUAUUAACCGACUCAAAGGAAAAGCCGAUAAUCAUUUGUUUCAGUCAAAACGAAUGAAGCACAAGAGCAUUUACAAGAAGACUAACUAAACAAAAAUUGCAGAAGAAAACUCGAAUAUAUCGAAGAAGACUAAAUAUGUAGAAACUUUAAGUGAUUAAAAGCUAAGAAAGUCUGAAAGUAGAGUGAAAUUCUACUAUAACAUACAUAGGAAUAAACGUAUGAUAUAUAUUAUUUGCAACUGGUAAUUAAACUUCUUAUAAUCUUAAAACUUAAGAGGAAUACGAAUAAAAUGGUUACUGAUAUCUCUAUUGAUGACAACGUCUGUAGCAUUUAAGACAAAAUUAACAUCUAUUUUAAGUCUAUUCCUGAUUCACCAUAACUUUUGUCAUACAGAUAUUACAUAAAUUUUAUCUUACAGAUAUAACUGACAUAGCAUGCAAUCAUGCGAUAAUAAUGGCAUAAAAUUUAGCAUAUUUGGGACUGACACAAAUUCUUAUACUUCCCAGCAAAUAUUAUAGCAGCAGGACAGGCAGUGAUAUCAUGUACAAAACAAAAUAAUAUUAUGCGAGAAAAAUCUUAAUUAUUGAUGGCUAACAAAAGAAAUUGAAUUUAACAGAUUAAGAAAAUCGCAAAAUACAAGGAGUAACAAUAUUUGCCUGUGAAAGGCGGCGAGCUGGCAGAAGCGUUAGCACUCCGGGCGAAAUGCUCAC